AUGGCUGAGAAGCGCAAGUUCACGGGUGCCGGCAAUGCGCCACAUAAGGCGCCCAAGCUAGGCGCGAAAGGCUCUUUCGCAGCCAAAAUGAUGGCCAAAAUGGGUUGGAAAGAGGGCGAAGGUCUGGGUAUGGAGGGCGAAGGCGUCGUCAACCCCAUUGAAGUCAAGUUGCGUCCGCAGGGUGCAGGUGUUGGAGCUGUUAAAGAGCUCACGGAGCAAUACAAGGAGGAAAAGCGCAGAGCGGCCGAGAAGCGCGGCGAGCAGUAUGAAGACAGCAGCGAGGAGGAACGAAAGGCGCGCAGAGAGCGCAAGAAGAAGUCUGCCGGCGGGAUCAGUGGUGAUAGCGGCGCGAGUACGCCAAGCGGACCGCGAAAACCCAAGACCAAAUAUAAGACAGCCGCAGACGUGCGAGCUGCGGCGCCAGGACUACAUGUUCCGCCACAGAUGCUCAGCUCCAUUGUUGAUGCGACCGGUGCACAGACAAAAUUGCUAACAAGUGCAGCGGGGUUGAUGACUGCUUCUGGAGUACCAGCAGAGUCAGAGGCGGAAAAGAUCGCAAAGAGAGAAAGGCUAGAGCUUGAGGCUUUCAUCGAGGCAUGGCAUGGAGUGCAAGAGCAGAAAGCUUACAUCGAGGAGCACGCGGGACAACAACACCUGGAAGCGGAGGCCCAAAAAGAAGAUCUCGAGAGAUUACAAGGUGUCCUGGAAGCCAUUGAAGGUCUCCGCCUAACGACAGCUGCAGGAUCUGGCAGCGAUGAUGUUGAAGCAGAAUGGACAGCACUCAUUGCCAAGCUUGAGGAUCUUCAGAACGAACACAAACAUGAAAUCGAGAAGUAUGAUCUCCAAGAAGCAGCUGUCGGCGCGCUCUUCCCGCUGUUCAAGAAACAACUGGCUAGCUGGUCACCUUUAGAGGAUCCAACAUUCCUGGCAUCUGAUCUGGCUUGCAUAAAAGCUUUGCUAGGACUCCAACCUCGAGAGGAAAUUGUCACUGCCCGUAACCUCGGCGAUUUGGACGAAAGCUAUGCCAGAUCGAACCGCCAGAAAGCGACCACUGCAUACGAGACUUUAAUUUAUACCAUCUGGCUACCCAAGCUUCGAACAACUAUCACGAAUUGGGACGUCCUUAAUCAUACGCCUUUAACAUCACUGGUUCAGGCAUGGCGACCACUGCUACCACCAUUCAUAUACAGCAACCUUAUGGAUGUGCUGAUAGUUCCCAAGCUAAGCACAGCACUUACAAUGUGGGAUCCCCGCAAGCGAAAGCAUCACCACAAGACUGCUACCGUGAAACACGCCCGACCCCACACCUGGCUAUUCCCUUGGCUACCAUACCUGCCGCAGUACCACCUCGACCCCAAGGCCUCCUCAGGAUUCCUGGUCGAGCUGAAGCGACGCCUGAGGCAAGUCCUGGACGGAUGGAACGUCUCGUCAGGCGUACUGCCUGGCUUAUUGGAAUGGCGUGACCUUCUUCGCUCAGAGCUUGAUCAUGUUCUCGUCAGACACCUGUUGCCCAAACUCGCACGGUACUUGUCCAUGGAAUUCGAAGUCGACCCAGCCGAUCAGGACCUCACAGCACUGGAGAAUGUCUUCAAAUGGGAAGAAUUUUUCAAGACCGACGUGUAUGUGCGGCUGCUUGUCGCCGAAUUCUUUCCAAAGUGGCACUCGAUCUUACACCUCUGGCUAACAUCUGAUGAUCCAAACUUCGACGAGAUUCUGCAGUGGUUGACCUGGUGGCAGCAGCAAAUUCCAGAGAAGUAUAGCUCACAUCCGGACAUCGUGAAAGAAUGGGAUAGAGGCAAAGAGAUGGCCAUCAAAGCUACGGAGCUUCAAGACGAGGGCAGAUCAAUGGCCGAGUUGGCUGCUCCAGCUGCUGGCCCUUCACGCCCUAUUGCGAAGGAGGUUGGCAAGAAGCUUGCAGCGCAGGAAAAUGCCGCGAGUCGCCCCAUUGCUGGCGAACAAUUAACGCAGGACUUUAGAGAUGUGGUCGAGGCUUGGUGCGCCGAGGAAGACCUCACCAUGGUACCGCUGCGUGAAGCACAUCCGCAAAGCGGAGCUCCUCUAUUUAGGAUCACAGCUAGUGCUACGGGCAAGGGCGGCGUAAUUGUUUAUCUCAAAGGCGACAUCGUGUGGGCUCAGAAGAAGGCGGAUCGAAGCGUCUAUGAACCGAUCGGGUUGGAUGAGAAGCUGGUUGAUCGUGCUGAAGGCAAGUGA